AUGUCAACUACAGGUUUCAUCAACGAAUCUUCCGAAAUCAUGACCUACAAGGGAUGUUUUUCUUACAAAGAUGAUAACAUAUAUGUUAUCCACAUUGACGAUAACGUUCAAGCAAAAAUUGAAAGAGUCACCUUAGAUAUAGCAAGGAUAUAUUUCACAAACAGUCAAGGCCGACAAAUUCCUGUUCCAACUGAUAUUAUUCUUAGAAAUUUGAUUGACAAUCAAAAUGAACCAAUUCAUAAUAAUUCUUUUUAUAUUGUUUGGAUUACUAAUUAUAGUUUGUUUCGGGAUGGAGUUGAGAUUUUUAGACUAGAAAAUCAAAAACAACAGGCUGUUAAGCCAUAG